GGAGAUUCUUAUGCCUACUAUGUGGGCCAAUUGCUGGAGAUGCUCUUACAUGUGAAGUUCAGAUCUGAAGCGUUUAGCUUCCGAAAACCCACGCCAUCGGCCGAGAGAAGAUCCUCUGAGAGAUCCGCCCCGAUCCCGCAGAACACCACGCCCUUCUUCCUCCUCAGAAAGUUCAACAUCUCGCCGCUUGUUUCCGGAUCUGAGCGAAGGAUCUGCGGCGUCGGGUCUCACUGGGGGAGGAUGAACUGGAUCGGGCGCAAGAUCCACCUGUACAAUGUCAACAUCGGCCUCUACAUGCUUGAUUGGUGGGAGCGCUACCUCUUCAAUACAUUGAUGCUUUGCCUUCUCUGGUACAUUCUACGGUAUCUCAUUGUGUUCUUUCAAAGUAAUCUGGAGACCAUCCUACAAGGUGCGAACUAUCUUCUACAAGGUAGUUAAUCAUCGAAGGCAAAAGAAUAUAUGUUGAUGGCUUUAUGGAACUCCCCCUGUAAUCUAUGUUUUGAUUAGUCUCGGCUGAGAAACUAGAAAGGAACGACUUAUGUGUUGUUGUGUUUGUAGCCGUCUUUUACUGUAUGAACUUGGCUAUACACUGUCCAUAUGUAUAGCCCUCUGUAUUUUGGAAUUUAGCUAUUUUUUUACCUUAUGUACUGUGGACAUUAAAUUAAUUUUCGCUGAAUCGUUUUUAUUA